CCACAGAUGGCGGAGGCCCCUCCCACUGGGGGAGGAGCUAACCCCCCAGCCCUUCUUGGAUCCUUUUCGACAUUCGGGACACCGCUUCCAUUCGGUGACAGGAGUGUCGCGAGAAAAGGUCAUCGGAACCCAAGGCACACAUCGGACGAAAAUAACCAUUGAAGAGCUGAGCUUCUCUGCGGAAUAUACCCCCCUCCGAGAGUUCCAGGACCUGCAACCCCCUCAAGCGAGCGCCUUCGCUGCUCUGAAGUCCUCAUUCCAGAAGGGAACAUGAGAUAGAAGCCCCGCCGAUGGACAGUGGCGCCGUCACCAUUAAGAAGUCCAAGCUCAGGAAGCUGAAAGUCGCUCGCCAGCGCUUGCUCCAACGCUAUGAGCACCAUCCCCUCGUUUCCUGCCUGGCCGGGCUGUACGGCUGUCGCUGGAGGAGGUACCAGCGGCAAAAGGUCGAGCCAGGGGAAUGGUGUUGCUCCAAGCGGGAGUGUGCAUUUUACCCGGUGUUGGCUGCCGCGUUCUGUUUCUCUUUCGUCUUUCUGUACUUAUGGGGGGAAGGGCAGAAUGACUACGAUAACUUCGACUGGUUCAACCAUAACAACCUGGGCGUCUGGUUCCUUUGGUCCAUUGUGCUCCUCGUCAUGGCCGCCCUCUCCUUCUCCUACAUCUUGCUCUUGCUGGUUGGGACGGUGUUGGUUUUGGUCUUCUCCAUUGCUGCAUUAACGGUGAUCACAGUAGAGUGGACCGUACAGUGGCAGACGGUCGUCCUGUCCAUGCAGGUCACCGCUCCCUUUAUGCAUGUGGCCGCCCUCCUCUUCAUGGUCCUGCUGUCUUGGCCGGUCGCUUUGUAUACUUUCCGGUUGAAAAAAAAAGUUUUGCAGGUGAUGGUUUCGGUUCCCUACAUGGCUCUGCUCCUCUUCCUGUUCUUCAUACCGCUAGGGAUGUACUCUCCUUGCAUCCGGGAGGAAGGGACUUUGGGCCCUAAGCCAGCUCUCAUUGGCCACAGAGGAGCGCCAAUGGUGGCUCCCGAAAACACACUCAUGUCAUUUGUGAAAACCAUUGAGCACGAGGGUGAUGGUUUCGAGACAGAUGUCGCAAUUAGUUUCGACGGCGUCCCUUUCCUCAUGCACGAUAGGACUUUGGCCAGGACGACCAACAUUUGGGAGGUCCAGCCAGCGAACGCCAGCAGUGACGCAGCCAUGUUUACCUGGGAUGUGCUGAGCACACUGAACUCUGGGAAAUGGUUCUUCAAGAACAAGCCCUUCUACAACAUGCCGGCCCUGUCGCACAGCGACAGAAAGUGGGCGGAAGAGCAGACGAUUUACCAACUGAGCGACUUCUUGAAGCUGGCCGACCGAGACGACAAGCUGGUCAUCUUCGAUCUCUACCGCCCUCCCCAGCAGCAUCCGUACAGGGACGAAUGGAUCAACCGUAUCCUGGAAGUGGUCCUCAACGAAUCGAAGAUCAAGCCCCAUUUG